AUGUCCAAGUUUUCGCUCGAUGACCUUGACAAGCACAUUGAGAAUCUGCGCGCGCAACUGCAGUUUCUGAAUGAAGGCCUCGAUGCGACAGACCACAAUGCGCCUGACUGGCUGGCUACUGAUCUGCUGUCGCUGCGCAAUAAAUCAGGAAGGCUGCAAGACGACAUGAAACGCUUCAGGCACCAACUUGAGAGCGAAGGCCUGGCGACUAAGAAGACCAAGAUCACCAACAAGCGGCUAAGUAUUGAAGGUGCGAAAGCACCAGGCUUGCAAGAGCCUUCAGUCAAGAAAGUCAGACUCAGUCUCCCGGGUUCAGAAGAAACAACCGAGAUACGUCCUACGGACAACGACCUCACCUCCCAGGCGAAUCCUGCACAGACCGGCUCGACAUAUGUCGUGGAGCAUAUCGAUGUCACAGAGGAGGUAAACAGAAGGCUACAGGAGAGUCGCCUGCGCCGACUCAUGGAGACACCAAGCACUGCGCAGAAGCGGAAACGCGGCGACGACGAGGACACACGGAUGGCAAGCGGCACGGAAGCGGAACCGGAGCCAACAAGUGGCUACGAUGGCAACAAUGAUGACUCUACACCAACGAAGCGUGUAAGGACCAGUGGAGCUUUUGAGCGAGCCACCAAAAGGGAAAUGGAUGAGGACGAAGGCCGACAUGGAACUGAGAACAGGUUCAAAAGGCGCAAGUACUCAUGGAAGUCAAAACAAUGA